AAAGACCUCCGUGGCUUUUCCUUCCCUCCACAGACGACGACGUUCUGUCCGGCUCUCUUUCCAUCUAAGCUCUUUCCUCUAUCCUCGCUUCCUUCCUUCUUGUUUGCCAACAUGGCGGCAGUUCGGACUCUCAGGAAAAUGUGUCAGCACUCUCACCAGCACCUGUGUCUCCUGCACACGUCUGCCUCGAGGCAGGAAGCAGUGGUGAUCUCAGGAAAGAAGCUGGCCCGGCAAAUCCGGGACGAGGCGCGCGCCGACGUAGAAAAGUGGAUGUUGGCCGGACACCGGCGGCCUCACCUCAGCGUCAUUCUGGUCGGCGACAACCCGGCAAGCCACUCCUACGUCCUCAACAAGACACGAUCGGCCGCCGAUGUCGGAAUCUCCAGCGAGACCAUCCUGAAGCGCUCUGACAUCAGCGAGGAAGAGCUCCUGGACCUCAUCUUCAAGCUCAACACAGACCACCGCGUGGACGGCCUGCUGGUGCAGCUGCCUCUGCCGGAGCACAUCGAUGAGCGUGCCGUCUGCAACGCCGUGGCGCCCACCAAGGAUGUGGACGGCUUCCACGUGGUCAACGUGGGCCGCAUGUGCCUGGAUCAGUCCAGCAUGUUGCCGGCCACGCCUUGGGGGGUGAUGGAGAUCAUCAAACGCACGGGCAUCGCCACCGUGGGCAAGAACGUGGUGGUGGCGGGCCGCUCCAAAAACGUGGGCAUGCCCAUCGCCAUGCUGCUGCACACGGACGGGCGACACGAGCGACCGGGAGGUGACGCCACGGUGACCAUCUCCCACCGUUACACUCCCAAGGAUCAACUCAGACAACACACUCAAAACGCCGACAUUGUCAUCGCCGCCGCAGGAAUUCCCAAUCUCAUCACCGCCGACAUGAUUAAAGAAGGGGCAGCCGUCAUUGACGUGGGCAUCAACAGAGUGCGAGACCCGCUCACCGGAAAGAGCAGGCUGGUCGGGGAUGUCGAUUUUGAAGGUGUGAGACAGAAGGCGGGCUUCAUCACACCGGUUCCUGGCGGCGUUGGGCCUAUGACGGUGGCCAUGCUCAUGAAAAACACCAUCAAAGCAGCCAAGAACGUCCUGCUCUAUCCCCCGGAGAGGAUCCGCAUGGCGGCCGCAUCCUAAAACCAACAAAUGGACAUCCAAAACACCAAAAACAUUCCACCGCCUGUUACAUUUUUGUUUUGAGGCCGUUCCUCGUCCAAUCGCGGCUUGACUGUUACUUCCUGACGAGAUCCAGUUUUCGGACUAUUUGUUUUGGAACAGAAUGUUUUAUUUAUUACCAAGUAUUUGUGAUAUUUGAUGCUGCGUUCACACCAAAGUUGAAGCGUCACGCCUAAACAAAAGUCCAAGCACGUCAAACCAAACAACUUCCGAUUCACGUCACGUCGACAUAAGCAAUCUUUCAGCUUAUGACAGAACCACUUUUUUCUUGUAAUAUGACUUUAAUCUUAUCUAAAAUUACGUAACAUACGAUUUUUUUGUCCUCGGAAUAUUACGUAAAUGACAUAACUUUUUAAAUCUCAUAUUAGGAAUUUAAUCUUGUACUAAUACUAUGACUUUAAUCUCAUAAUAUUACAUUAUUCUUGUAAUAUUGCAACUUUUUUCUCAUAGUGACGGUAUAUGACUUCAUUCUUGAAAUAUUACAACUUUACUGUAUAAUCUCGUAAUAUUACAACUUAAAUCUCAUUGUUCAAUUUUUUUUUGUGUGUUUGGGCUUUUGUUGAGCUGACCGGCAGCUAAUUACAGUUACAGCUGAAGGAGAAAAAGUAUUUGAUUGGUCACUCCCUCAUCAUCACAGAAAGAUCAACCCGAGCAGCGCGUAUCAUUCAUGCGGGGUUGGGCCUAUUUGGUCAAAAUAGGACGCUAGCCGCUCAUCUGUCGCCCCUCCAACGUGGGAUGACACUUCGGAAUGGGAAGCCAUCACUUUAUCAGAAUAAAAGUCGUCUGGUGUGAAUGCAGCCUUCUGGUCCGUGGGUGGCAGUGUUGAGUCGACAACUACAGGAGGAGCGAGUUGUGAGCAGAGCAGUACACAAAAGCUUUAAACAUUCACUAAUGCCUUUGGAAAAACUCCAAUAAAUAUUCACAACUAUU